GCUCGACGUAACCUUACGUACAUCUCGCAGUGAUGGCUGCGCCGCCCGAUACGGAGAGUUUGGAGUCUCGUAUCAACAGAGCCACAAAUCCACUGAACAGAGACACAGACUGGAGCAGCAUUAAUGCCUUCUGUGAACAGCUCAACAAUGAUUUGGAGGGACCUCAGUUGGCCACCAGGCUUCUGGCCCACAAAAUCCAGUCCCCCCAAGAGUGGGAGGCCAUGCAGGCACUAUUGGUUCUGGAGACGUGUAUGAAAAACUGUGGGAAAAGGUUUCACAGUGAAGUGGGCAAGUUCCGUUUUCUCAACGAGCUCAUCAAAGUAGUUUCACCAAAGUAUUUAGGUUCUCGCUCGCCGGGACCAGUUAAACAUAAAGUGUUGGAGUUGAUCUAUAGCUGGACGUUGGCGUUGCCUGAUGAGCCUAAGAUCUCUGACGCCUAUCAGAUGCUAAAGAAACAAGGUAUCAUUAAACAAGACCCAGAGCUGUCUCCUGACAAACUUUUACACCUUCCUCCACGCAGACCUAAAAAUGCCAUAUUUGAGGAUGAGGAGAAAUCAAAAAUGUUGUCCCGCCUGCUAAAUAGCUCGCACCCAGAGGACCUAAAAGCUGCUAACAAACUCAUAAAGGAAAUGGUCCAAGAGGAUCAGAGGCGAGCAGAGAAGGUGUCUAAGCGAGUGAACGCCAUCCAGGAGGUGAAGGAGAGCGUCGCUCUGCUGACUCAGCUUCUGCAGGACUAUGACCGCACGGCUCCUGCUCAGGACAACGCUGACCUGAUACAGGAUUUGUACCAUCGCUGUGAGAAGAUGAGGCCGACGCUGUUCAGGCUAGCCAGUGACACAGAGGACAACGACGAGGCUCUGGCUGAGAUCCUCCAGGCCAACGACAGCCUGACUCAUGUCAUCAACCUGUACAAGCAGCAGGUGAAGGGAGAGAUUGUGAAUGGAAACACGUUAAAUACACAGAAACCUGCCGCACUGCUAGACCUGUCAGGAUUGGACACCUCCCCCCAGUCACCUUAUUCCUUCCCUGAGCUCCCCACUCCCACAGACAGUCUCAAUGCUCCCUCACAGGACACAGGAAUCAGCCUCCUUGACGAUGAGCUCAUGUCACUCGGUUUAAGUGAAGGAACGCACCCAUCUAACCCCAUGUCACAACCAGAGGACUCCACAGCGUGGGAUUCCUUCCAGUCCUCUGACAGCAUUGAAGCAGAUGUCCAAGCAGCACCUAGUCUCCUCCUGAAUCCCGACCCGCUUCAUCACUCUCAGGCUGUUUCUUCUGGCUCCAACCCUGGGAACUCGGCACUGGAUGAGCUGGACCUCCUGGGAAAGACGCUGCUGCAGCAGUCGCUGCCACCGGAGGGUCUGCAGGUCAAAUGGGACAAGCAGCAGUCCAAGCCCACACUGAGGGAUCUCCAGAGCAAGUCAGGAUUGAGCACAGCUGCACAUCCAGUUGGAGGUUUUGUGCCCGAUCAUCCCGCUCCCAGCCUCGGAGGCUCACUGCUGGACAAAUCUCCAGCUCACUCAGCAGCUCUGUCCCCAGAAGUUACCCUGGCUAAUGUUUUUGUACCGCUAGAAUCCAUAAAGCCCAGUAGUCUGUUGCCCAUAACCGUGUUUGACGGCCACAGUCUGCGGGUUCUUUUCCACUUUGCCCGUGACUCGCCUCCGUCUCGACCCGACGUGUUGGUGGUGAUCAUAUCCAUGUUGUCCUCAGCCCCUGUUCCUGCCACCAACAUUCAUUUUGAAGCUAAAGCUCCACAGUCUGUGGGGGUGAAACUGCAGCCUCCAUCAGGAUCAGAGCUCCCAGCAUUCAACCCGAUCCUCCCUCCUGCAGCCAUCACGCAGAUCCUGCUGAUAGCCAACCCUAAUAAGGAGAAGUUUCAGCUGCAGUACAGACUAAGCUUCUCCAUGGGCGAGCAGGAGCACAGUGAAAGCGGCAGCGUAGAACAGUUUCCUAAUCCCGAGAAGUGGGGGAACCUAUAGCACCUAAACACAACCUGACAGACUCUGCUUCAGACUCAGCCUCCCUCUCUUGAAUGCUCCACCUCAGCUCGUUUUCAUUGCAGCCACACUGACGAAUAUUUUUUCUGGACGGUUAUUUUCUUUAUGGAUUACUGUCAUGCUCAGUCAGUGUGAUGUGUGCCAGCUUCGCUCUCAUUUAGCCAUCAGUGUGUAGGUCUAGAGUCUGGGUUUCUGUGGCUGCAUUCAAUGGAGCCUGCAACUGCUUUUCAUCCCAUUUUGAAAGGAAGAAAACAAACGUGUGCAUGUUUGCUCAUUCUGUGUGCUUUGUCCUUGUUUUUUUAACCUUUUUUUCUAACUUAUCUGCAUCAACCCUCGUGUCAGCAUGCUCUGCAAACAUGGGACAACAUUUUGGAGGAUUUCUGCACAGACAAACACGUGUUUAAUUUGUGAUUACUUGCUUCUGUCACGGUGGCUGAGUCACUUUUCGAUUGCACAAAGAUUGAUUGUUCUUAUAGUACUGUUUUUCUUUCUCUUGUCACUUCCCCCUUCGUCCUGUGUAAUGAACAAAAUCAACUGUAACAUCAGAGCUGUGUAUUUUCUGCCAUAUGUGCCUAUUUUGCUGUUGUAUUAUUUAAAAGUUUUAAGCGUUUGAAUGGACUUACCCUUUUCAUCUGUUACAUGUUAUUCAUUAGCGCUGCUGUGUCUUUGUGUUUAAACACAUGAUUUCCUGGGUUUAAGUUAAUAUUAAAGCAUUUAGCAGAUGAAAUUGAA